AUUGUGGAAGUGAGCCCAAACACACGGGACUGGACCUGUCGUGUGACAUUGGUAGAAAAACAAAACAUCCGCACAGCCAAGAGCUCACCCUUAAAGUUUAUGCCGAUGAUCUUGCAAGAUUCCAGAGGUACCAAAGUCCAAGCUACUGCAUUCCAGGGCGAUAUACAAGGGAUCGAUCAACGCUUGAUACUGUAUUCGACGUACCUUGUGUCAAAUGCCUAUGUGAAAACAAUAGCUGACAUGCGUUUCAGUGUAGAUGAUGCAUAUCCAUAUGUUUGGUCAUUCAAUAGGCGCACACUGAUCCAGGAUGUGGAUAUAGCAGAAGGUCCAAAUUAUCGCCAAAUUGCUGAGGCAGAAACUAUACCAUUUGGAGACAUCUUUAACAGUUUCCUCCACGAAACACGAAUCAAUAUAUUGGGUGCUAUUGUCAAAAAACUACCCCGCAACUUUAUUGUUUCGAACAGCAAACAACGCAUUGCCUGGGAUGUCGUGCUUAUUAAUGAAGAGUGUAUUCCAAUCCCAUUUACAAUGUGGGAAGAAUUUGUGAGCCACCAAGGCGCCGAAAUUGAAAGAAUUCUCAAUGCUGGAGACUACCCGCUUGUUCUGAUAAACCGGGUUGUUGUCAACCUCUUCCAAGGUCUAACAUUGUCUACUCGAUUUGACUGCAACAUGGAACUUAACCCUCAUGGCG